GUGGGACCAUACAUUUAGUGUGUGAAAUAUGACAAGAUAAAUGCUUUUUGGGAGCGAUAACAGAGAAGGUUUUUUCUCUUUGGUUUGUACCAAAACAGCAUAAUAUCAAAUGAAGAACUUUUCGCCCUGUUUAAGCAACACAGCUACUAGGGUUAAUCCAAUAGGAACUCAGCAAAGAUGUCACUGGAGUGCCAGCUGUCACCACCUCCUCCUCCUGCUCCUCCUGCUCCAGAUCCACCACCUCCUCCAGCCUCCACCCACAAGAAGAAGUUGUAUCAGACCAUAGCCAGCAGCAGGAGUCCGGUGGAGGGGAACCACACAGAGGCCCGUUUACUGCUCAGUCAGAGGGAGAGCAGUUUUAGGAAGGACCUGCAGUGGAUACUGGUGAACACAUAUGUGCCUUCCCUCAUCCAAGAUGGUCCACAGUGUGGUCUGGUGGCUUUGUGGAUGUCCGCUCACCUUCGACAACCACAGCUGAGUAUUGACCUGGAAACUGUUGUUCAGACGGCACUAAGCAGAGGAUACACAGCACAGGGUGAAAUGUUUUCAGCUGAAAACAUGGCCCUGCUGGCGGAGGAGGUUUGUGGCUGCAGAGCAGAAGUGCUGUCGGGAGGUUUAGGUGGUGAUAAUGCUGCAACCAUCAUCGCACACCUGUGGGGGAGACAGCCUGUUCUCAUCCCAUAUGAUGAAGACUAUAACCAUGAGCCGUGCCAGCGGAGCGGCCACAGAGCGCACUGGGCGGUCGCUUCAGGUGUCCUCCUGGGUUUGGCCCCGGGCAGUGUGAGUGAAGCACACACUCAGCCUGACCCCACGCUGCCCUGGCUCCUCCUCGCUGCAGAGAGCAGCACUUCCUGUCCCUUCGGUAGCACGGCGGUCAGAGAGGUAUUCGUCCUGGCUAAGCAGGGUAAAAGCCUGCGCUACCAGCUGUGGAGCCUGGACAGCGUCGCUCAUAGCAACGAGCAGCUGAGGACGAUGGGCCCUCAGAGAGCUCAGGACGGGACUCUGUACGUGGUUCCUCCGGGAGGGGUGGAGGCCGGGCUGGCAGGACAGGCGGUGCUGCUCCACACGAGCUAAAAUGUAAGCUCAAUGCAAUGUCUGGUACUCAAGAGAAGACUCUGAUCUGCUUAGAGCAUCACAGUGAACUCUCAGAUUGCAAUCAAUGGCACAGUUCAACCAAAGAAAGUAUUUUUUUAAACAAUCUGAUGUCUGCGUGGCUUCCAGAAGUUUUUGAAUUUUUUUAAGCCCUUCGGAGUUACUGUUGUUGGCUAAUGAAUGCAGACGGUGCUGUUUUGAUAAAAAUUCUCAAUUUAUUUAAUUUAACAAGGUUAUUCACUGGAUAAAGUUAAUCUCCAAAAGGUACACUGCAAUUCAAAAUGAUCCGUGUCACAGAUCCUUUCAUUACUUUAAUAUAAAGUGCAAUUUAUUUUGAAAAUGAUCUUUCUCCAGCAGGUUUACAAUGCGAGAACUCUUCAUUAACGAAUUGGUGCUAAACACAUCACUGACUGAUUUUUUUGUACAAUAAAUUGGUUAAAUUCUU